UACACGUGAGAGCGCCGCAAGACUUUAACGGAAAUAGCAGCUUGCUGUAAAUACGAACGCGAAUUGUGCACGAGCUGACGCGCGAGUAAAAGAACGCGAUCGGAGCGAUUUUUUUUUUUGUUUGUUAAACGCAUUGUGUUAUUGUUGCCAUUAUAAAUGUGCGGUAUGCCUUUGUGUGGCAGACGCGUGCGCGCGUGUGUGUGCAACGCCUCAAAUGCAUACAAUAACGGUAAAUGCAAUUGAAAUGGAAUGCAAAUUCCAUUACGAAAUAUAAUAUGGAAAAAUUUUAAUUUGCACACAUUGUUAUGUUGUGCAGCGCGAAGCUUUUGUGUGCGGCCGAAAAGCUGUUGCAACAGUCGAUUUAAUUGCAAAACGUGGCAGCCAAUAAAAUGCGCAACCCAAUCAAUAAAUAAUAUACAGCUGGAAUGCAAUAAUUUUUUGUUUGAAACUGAAAAAUAAAUUUACUUUAUAAACGUUGCAAUUUGUGUCACGCAUAUUUCAUGCCAAACAAGCGGUUACGUAUACGCCGUGUGCAACAUGCGUUUGCGCUGCAGCGCACUGAAAUGAUACUGUUAGAAUGCAGGCAAUAAAAAAUGACAAAACUGGCUGCACACUUGCCUGAGCUGUCGCGGACAGCUAGUGUGUAUCGAUGAAAGCGAUUGUUUAACGUUGUUGCGGGCGGCCGCUUGUGUGCUUACGGUUGUGUCCGUUGAAAAGUGGGUGUUGCCCAUGGCAAGCGUAGCGGUUAUCAGUGCAUUGUAACUGUAAGAUUGUUGCGUAUGUGCAGCAAAAUAAAUUGAAAACUUAACCGCUUAAAGCCAGCAGUGGAGCACCAACGCUGGCAGCAACAAAUAGCAGCGAACACACGCUACACAUACAUAAGGGUAGCUACAGCGAAAAGCUGUGGUGCGUUGCGAGACAAUGCGCAUUGCGGUCACAGCUGCACGUUUUAUUUUCAAACACACAGCCACACAAACGCAGAAGCAAAUGACUGAUUGGCGGAAUAAAAAAUUUAAAAUAUAAAAAAAAAUAAAUAUAAAGAAUUUAAAGUGUAAAAUAUUAAUAUAAAUUUGUAAAAAAACACCCUACUGCGCCAAGGCUAAAGGUACUGCAAAUCAAUAAAUGUAAAAUGCAAUGGCUUUGCAUUAUUUAUUUAUAGUUACGCACAAGCGAAAACAGGUGCGUCCAAAAUAAAAAUAAAAAUGAAAAUAAAAUAAAUUAAAAAUAAAAAAACCAUAAAAUAAAGAAUCUUUAUAAAUGUGCUUGUUAACCGCAGUGUUGUGCAAAUAUACUUAUACAUAUGCAUGGGAAAAGUAAAAAUGUGUGCAUGUGUGGCAAACCAAGGUGAAAAAUUGAAAAAUAUAUAUCUUCAUAAGCCACACAGGCAAUAUGCCAGCAUAACUAAAUAAAUAGGCACGUUUGCCGCGCUGUUGUUUAACGCUGAUUUUUCCACAUCAAUAUUGCGGCCUCGACUACGGCACACCACGGGGACUAGACGCAUAAAUUGCGUGUGUUUGUAUGUAUGUGUGUGUACUUUUCUGCUACUUUGAAAAGCAACACUGGCUUGCGCAUUUCAAACGAAAAACACGAAAUCAGCAGGCCGAUAUGUAAGCCAUACUUGUCGCAGACACAAUUACUUAAAGGCACCAACAACAACGACAGCAAAUACACAUUUAUUGACACCGCACUGCUGUGGCACGCAGAGUGCCAAUUGCAACACGUCGCGCCCAAAUAGAGUGCGCCUACACUCGGUUACUGUGCCACAGCGUCAGCAAAUCAUACCGAAACCGAAGGCAAAUAUUUGCCGACAAAGCGUGUGAAUUGCGUUGGUGCAACGUGUCGGCACGUUUACCCAUUACCUUUAUCAUACGGCAGCGGCAGCGAAAAUGUGAGUGUGUGUGUUUAGAGGCGCAUGUGUUUAUACAAGCCACACAUAUAAACAUAUAUAUAUAUAUAUAGAUUGCCAUUCAUUUGGUAUGCAAAAAUUGUAGGGCGUAAAUUUUGUUAUGGCGCCGCACCAAACACUAUUGGCGUGCCGAUAACAAAGCGUGGCAGCACAGCUGCUUUCAACGUGUGUGUCUGCUGUAAAUAAAUAUGCGAUCGCUUGCACACAUAUACUCGCAUAUAUAAAUAUAUCAUAAAUUAACGCGCAUCACAUUAUGUAAAUGAAUGUUUCAAUUGGCGUUUAUUAAUGUGUUUGUCUUCACACACGCACACAAUAUUUGUGUUGAUGCAACACAUUAGUGCCUGCGUGCAGCAUUGUGAACAGGCACCAAUACUAUUAUACGGUGAUAAAUCAAAGAUGAGCUGAAAUUCGAGAGUAUUCAACUAAACUCACCAAACAACAAAAAAAAAAUACAACAGCAAAAUGCUGAUCAGAACAAAUUACUAACAAAUCACACACAAAAACUGAUUGAUAGUUUUCCAAAUGCAAUACCAAUACAUGCACAACAAUGAAAAGUUAGUGUGGAAAUUGCGAAACAAAAGCAAAAAGUGAAAAAAAAAAUUUAAAUUGAAGUGAAAUGAUGAAAAUAAAAAUUGGAAAAAGCAAUCACCAAAAAAGUGAAAAAAAGUAAUUGCAAGUGACUUUUAAUAAAUCUUAAACCAACGCAAACUCCGCUGUAAAACGGAAAUAUCGGUUACACCACGCAAAGAUGACAACACACCGGUGUACCGGACACUUCAGCACACACGCCCACGCCCGCACAUGUCGCACGCCAUCAAUAUUCCGCCAGUAAACACAAAUGUCCGGGCAACGCGUCCGGACCUUCGACCAAACGUGACACAUGGCUAUGUACUAUUAUGCUAGUAAAAUAUCGGCAAUCGCUUGUGGUACACGUUGCAGACAAACAGUGUUACAGAAGUCGCGCGGACAACGUGAUCGCGAUAAAUAUGUCACGGCGGACGAUGACAACGGCGCUGGCGGCUGCGUGGGCGCCACUGCCGCCACUAUGGAUGAGCAUGGCAACGUUGUUGUUGUCGCUGAUGGUGCCGGCAACGCUGGCAACGCAGGUAUGACCAUAUACACGACGGCGGCGGAGAGCGCUUUCGCGACGGCGACGCCCGGUGACGGUGUGCGUCAUCGCCGUAGGCACAGCGAACAAUUGGACGCGUACGAUUUGGAGUUGGGGUUUCAGAAGCUCGAGGUUUCAUUGGCAAAAUCAACAAAAAACACAUUCACCGGUUAUGGCGUCGGCAGCGCCAAUAUGGAUGCUGACAGUGUACAAUAUGACAUACCGAAAAACUCUUACAAACGAGCCAAUACGGACAUCAAUUACGAGAGCUCCGUAUUGGGAUCCGGUGGUAUUAUGUAUAUAAAUGGUAGAAUAGUUUCUGGACCCCUAGACUCACUGAUAGAAGUGCUAGUGCCAAAAAAUCGCAUAGAUUUCGAUAAGGAAUUUAUAUUCUCAUUUUUAUUAUCGUCACGUUUAUUUUUACGACCCCAUGAGCUGCUUGGCAAAUUAUUAUCCUCGGUACCUGAUAGCGAGUCGUUAGAAUCAUUAGUCGCAUUAUUGGCCGAGUGGACGCAAAAGUUCCCCUACGAUUAUCGCGACGAACGUAUGAUGGGCCAUGUUAAACAUAUCGUUGCCAGAUGUUCCAAUACAAAUCUAGAAGGUGUAGUUUCCGAAAUACUGAGUGCCUUGUUGAAACAAUUGACUGACUUGGAGAGACAUGAAGAAGAUCUACGCGCUUGUCAAAGUACAACUGAGAAGCCUGAACACAACAAAUUAGACUGCCCGACAUCUUCACAAUACGCACAAAUUCUCUGUCGGCUUGAGAAAAAGUUGGCAAAGCAAAUUGGCCCCGAAGAGUUUCUGCAAUGCAGCAGUAAUGUGCUGCUCGACAAACAGAAAAAGUGGGACCAACCGAGCACGUCCGGCGGUCCACCCGGUGUCCAGGAUCCGAAGAAAACGUGCAAUUUGGAAACCUACCUGGAUUGGUCGGCACGUCUGCGCCUCUUCGUAUGCAAUGAAAUAUUACAGUGUAUCGGCAUACGUGAUCGCAGUAAAACGGUGGAAUUGUGGAGUGGCGUCGCGCAGUACUGUCUGCUUGUGGGCAAUUACAAUAGUGCCACAGCAAUACUCGAGUCUCUGGAGUCGCCGCCCAUAGCGAGACUGAAAAUAACGUGGAGCAAAUUGCAAAUGACGUGUCAGCAAUUGGAUUGCAUGCAACGACAUGCUGAGGGACAUGGCGAUUUGUGGCACAAGCAAGCCAGCAUUCUGAACGAGAGUCAUCAAAAGACUGAUACAACUGCUGCGACUACCGCUGCUGCUGCUGCUGCGGUCUGUCGUGCAGCGAAUACAACAGCAGCAACAACAGACUGCGCACUGGACAGCUUGGCAACGGGCGCCACAAUAAAUGGCACAACGGUAACGGCGCAAAUGCUGGCAACACCUACAACACUCAGCACGGAACUCGCCUGUGUGGUUGCCGACGCCGUUGAAGCAGCAGCUGGCACCUGUGUAGUUGGGCUGGGCCAGGCACUUGAGACCGCCGUAGGUGAUGGUGUCGCAAUGGGAGUUGCAACAGCCAACACUCUCUCUGCCACAAGCAGCUAUAUAGGUGAGCUAACAGCACCAGCAACAACAACAACACUGGUAGCACCGGAAAUGACAGCAAACGCUACAUGCAAUGGCAAAGGCAAUAACAGCAGCAACAAUAGCAGCAAUGAAAGUACGACAAGCAGUAAUAGCAGUCGUGCGGUGGGGGCGUGCAGAAAAAUAAUUAAAUCGACAACAGCAACAACAACAGCGGUAGAUGUAACGGUAACAACUGGUGCGACAGUGACGAAACCAAACGAUUGGGUUGUGAUUCCGGUAUUUGCGGAUAUUGUUAAAUUGGCAUUGGCCGGACGCGAGGAAUGCCUGCAGCGUUUGCCAAACGGUCACAUCAAUAUUAUGGCCUUCGAUCGCAUGGCGGCCAUUGUUGGCGCCUUCACCAAGCACAUGCAUGCCGUUAAGUCGCCAAACGAAGCACCACCUGGCGAGUAUAAGACCUUCUGCCAGCACAUGCAGCGCUCAUCGAAAUUGAGCGAAACGGAACUAAUGAUGGCCUCUUUCGAUUGCGAGGAACCCAACAAUGCGGAGAAACUCAUGUAUGAUCUCAACUAGAACAACUUGGAACGCACAAUAAACUGUUGUAUAAGUGAAUAAUUUUUUUUUUUUUUUGAUUUAAGUAUGAUUUUUUACUAUACAUACAUAUGUUUAUAUAUAUAGAGAGGUUUCAGCCUCAGUCUUGUAGAGACUGCACAAUGUAGGAGAAAAUGGCUGCAAGUUUCCACCACACCUUCUUCCGGACAAUGUCCGGCAAGAACUCCCACGAUUGAUUGAAGAGGAACUUUGCUAAGAGCAAGCAGUUCAGGAGAUCUCUUACUAGGCUUGAAAGACCUCGCAGUCGCACAGCAGUUGGUCAUCGGCCAACGCCUUCUAAUCACAUGCGAGUUGACAACGGAGAUUUUACUCGUUCCCACUCCGAUGUGAGCGGGGUAUGAGUGUCUCCUCUUGGUAUCUCAUCAGCUUUGCAGUUUCCAGCUAUUUCGCAAUGACCAGUCACCUCCUGAUGAUGAAGUAGCAUGAUGUUAUUUCCAGUGAAGACGAACACUCCUUGACUAACUUUGAGUGCACAGUUUGUGAGGUCGAUAUUAAUAUCGGUCCACUCUGCUGUCGGCGGAUGCUCGCCUCCCGGAGCAGUAAAUCUACUGUUACCUUAAUAGCAGCCUCUUUAGCCUGAAAAUCACUACAGUAGUCCGGAUCUUGAGGAACUUCUUCCUAGAGAAAAACCAGAUAUAAUGUUAUUGAACGAUAGUUCAAAAUAUUCUUUCGACAUCUUUGAAGUGUCAGCUAAUUCGGUAAGGUUCAUGCCGAAAAAAAUAACUUUUCAAACUUUUUUGGUGGAGGUCCUAUAUAGCUCACGAAACAAAGGCGUAUAUUUAGGUAUAUUCAAUUCUAGCUGCUUGUUUUUAUGGAAAUUACUGGUAGUUGCCAGAACAGGAAAAUAUAACUGUAGCCAAGUGAGAGGUUUUAUUAAAGGAAAUGAGAGAAGAGUGAACAGUUUGGUUUAUAGAUAGAAAAUGAAUGCUAAUCAGACUGCUCAUUCAUCUAAAUUUGAGAGGGAACAAAACUAAAAAUUUAAAACUGGAUAGUAACGGACAAUUAGAACAGUCGAGACAUUGUAUAUAGGCACAUAUGUAUAUGUAUAUAAAAACCGCAUUUAUGUAUGUUAUAAAUUAAUUUGCAUUCACAAUAGAUAUUUUCAUCCGUAUACCAUGAUAGCAACGCGCAAAUUCAAUUAAAUCUUUAUCAAAUUCAGUGGCAUUGUGUUCACUCAACUGUUUGUAAAUUUGUAUAAAUUCAUUGUGAAACUCAAUUAGCUGCGAGUAAAUAAUGUUCAAAGAUAAGAAGAUACAAUGCUUGUAAAUUAAUAUUAAUAAUGUAUUUAGUACAAUAACGGUAUUUAUUUGUUGUUGUUUUGUGUGUGAUGAAAACGCAUACAAACAUUUUGUCGCACAACAAACAUAGAAUUUAAGAUUUAAUAAAUACAACAACGCAUAAAUGUGUGUAUGUGCGUAUGCGAGAGUGAGAGAGUGAGAGAGAAUAAAAAUUUAAUGCAUUUUUCCACACGAGCAGUUUUUGUUUAUACAAUAUUUACUCAGUCGACUGUUUGCUGCGACUUUUAUUUACGAUACGCAUUACACUUGCAAGUAAAUAUUUUAUUCACUCAAUAAAUAAAUGAAUUAUGUCCCUUGAUUUGUGUAGAGAUUUUUUAAUUGUCACUUAUUUACUCAAGCGUUCUUUAAUAUUCUAUAAUAUUUUUUAGCAAGCGCUAAUGUCUGCUGGUCUAACUGUAAAUACAAGUAUGUAUAAAUUGCAUGCAUACUUCUGCGUGACUUGGAUUAUAAGGGGACAUUAUUGUAUAUAAUUAAAUUCUUAAAUAAGGAAUUCAUAUAAAUAAGUAAAUACAAGGAAAAUAAUUAUGCUACUGACACAUAACAAAUUUGUAGAUAAAAUCGAUAGAAAGAAUUAGUAAUAUAGACAAAUUAUCGUAGAAAAUAUAAUUGAGGUAGUUUGAAGUAAAUUUAAUGAAAUUUUGUAUAUUGAAACUAAUGCUGAAUUAAUAUUUAUUUAAAAGCAAAUCAUUUGGGAAAAGCGAAAUUAAAAAACUAUAUAGGAGUAUAUAUUAUUUAUUUGA